AUGGAUCCCCGCGACCGCCGGCCCAGUGAUCCGGAGGGCCCUCCUGGCGUGACCAAGCUCUUGCCCGCCAUCGGAGUUGGUGGCGCGGUGGGCGUGCUUACAGGUGUGGUCACACUGGGUACAGCCGUCAUGGUCGGCGCAGGCACGGCCGUCG